AUGCCACGACUGGUAGGUGAAACACAGAGCGCUUUUGUCAAUGGACGAAAGAUUCAUGAUGGGGCACUUAUCGCUUGCGAAACUGUUCAAUGGAUAAAAAAGAGGAAGAAGGAAGCGGUAAUAAUAAAGUUAGACUUCCAAAAAGCAUAUGAUAGAGCCAAAUGGAGCUUCGUAGACCUUGUGUUGCAGAAGAUGGGCUUUGGACAUAGAUGGAGGAGAUGGGUUGUGGAGUGUGUAGGUACGAGUUCAAUGAUGUUUGGAGAGGCGGUGAGAAAUGGGAGACUAUCGCCGUUACUGGUGGGUAGAGACCAUGUCGAGUUGUCACACCUUCAAUUUAUGGAUGAUACUGUUCUGUUUUGCCCCCUGGAGGAAGAGACCAUAAAGAAUUACAGGAGGAUCCUUCGCUGCUUUAAGCUUAUGUCGGGACUGAGUAUUAAUUUUGAUAAGUCAAGCUUGAUUCCUAUUAAAUGUGAUGCUCAGUGGGUACAACGUAUGUGCAGUGUACUGGGCUGUAAGGAAGCAUCUCUGCUAGUAAAAUACUUGGGGAUCCAACUAGGAGCGAAUUCGAGGUUGGUGAAGACUUUGAAGCCCAUUAUAAAAAAAGUGGAGGAGAAGCUGAGCACCUGGAAAGCUAAGGUACUCAAUAAGGCCGGUAAGUUAGUGCUUAUUAAAUCAGUUUUGAACAGCCUGCUUGUCUAUUACUUGAGUUUGUAUAAAAUGCCAAAGGCUGUGGCAGAGAAACUGAUUUUCCUACAGAGAAGGUUUCUAUGGAGUAAGGAGGAUGGAAGGCUUGGUAUAGCCAUGAUCAGAUGGGAGGUGGUACAGGCUCCCAAGAAGCUAGGUGGAUUAGGUGUUGGGGAUGCCAUGGUGCGUAACACAGCCCUUCUAGAGGAUUGUCCCUUAUAG